CUUGCCCUCCCUGCCCCACUUCCCACUUUUUCAUAUUUUCAAGCCUGCCCGACCUACCCGCUGAGGAAAAAUAAAAUAAACUUUCCCUAUGUCACAAGCACUCUCCCGCUUUCCUCUUCAACACAACACAACUCUCUCUCUCUCUCUCUCACCACCCCAUUUUGCUUUGGAGUUUGAUCUCAGUUUCACAACUUGGUUUGUGUUGUGAUGGUCUCAUUCAUUCACCAGUGCACAUGUGUUUGUUGAUCCUUCAUAACAUUUUCAUUCAAAACCAUAAUGAUAUUGUUCUUUUUAUCUACUUCCAAUAUCUAGCUUUUUUUUUUCUCUAACAUUCAAUACCUGAUGCAGUGUAACUUGAGAGAUUAGGCCUUGACUUUCGUCCGAACUAUAUUCGGGUUCACCAAAAAGAAACAAAAAAAAAUAAAUUGUUCAAUUAUUGCAAGUGGGGUGGUUUGAACUUUGGAGGCCUUGAAGUUGUUGAGGUGGCUUUGUAUCUAUAUUUUGAGGCUUUUGGGCUAUGGAAACUUGUUUGUGAGAGUUUUUUGGAAGAUGGGGUUUGGGAGUAAUGCAGUUCAAGCAGGGAGUUUGGAUGUGGACAAGUCAAAUGAAAGGAAGAAGGUAGAAGGUGCUGGAAAGGAGAGAAAAUGGUGGUUUAGAUUUAGCUUCUUUGGGAGCUGCAUACCUUCAGGAUCAAAAGUUGAUAGCACCAUAAGUGGCACUAAGGCCCAUAAUGGUGAAAAUGUCAAAUCAGUGAUAGUUGGAUCAGAGGAAAACAAAUCUGCAUCUGAUAAAAUCACAAAGGAAACUGUUGCUACUGAAGAGUCCUCUACAACAGCUAGCGAUGCGGAAAGUAACCCUUCCACACCAAAAUUCAGUGAGGAGUUGAAGUUUGCUUCUUGUAUGAGAAAAUUCACAUUCAAUGGACUUAAGGUGGCAACUAGGAAUUUCAGACCAGAGAGUCUUCUUGGUGAGGGAGGGUUUGGUUGUGUCUUCAAGGGUUGGAUCGAGGAAAAUGGAACUGCACCUGUGAAACCAGGUACUGGACUCACGGUUGCGGUCAAGACUCUUAACCACAAUGGACAUCAGGGUCACAAAGAGUGGCUUGCUGAAUUAAAUUAUCUUGGUGAUCUUGUCCAUCCUAAUCUUGUUAAGUUGAUUGGUUUCUGUAUUGAAGAUGACCAAAGAUUACUGGUUUAUGAGUUUAUGCCCCGAGGCAGUUUGGAGAACCACCUCUUUAGAAGGCCCCUGCCUCUUCCUUGGUCUAUCAGAAUGAAAAUUGCACUUGGUGCAGCCAAAGGUCUUGCUUUUCUCCAUGAAGAGGCUCAGAGGCCCAUAAUAUAUCGUGAUUUCAAAACAUCUAAUAUACUAUUAGAUGCGGAAUACAAUGCCAAGCUUUCUGAUUUUGGACUUGCCAAAGAUGGUCCUGAGGGGGAGAAGACACAUGUAUCUACAAGAGUUAUGGGAACAUAUGGUUAUGCUGCUCCUGAGUAUGUGAUGACUGGACAUUUGACAUCAAAAAGUGAUGUAUACAGCUUUGGAGUAGUGCUACUUGAAAUGCUCACAGGCCGGCGAUCCAUUGAUAAGAAAAGACCAAAUGGGGAACACAAUCUGGUAGAGUGGGCUAGACCUGUACUGGGAGACCGGAGGAUGUUCUACCGGAUAAUCGAUCCCCGCCUUGAAGGCCACUUCUCGGUCAAAGGGGCGCAGAAAGCUGCCCUGCUGGCUGCUCAAUGCCUUAGCCGUGAUCCAAAAUCUAGACCCUUGAUGAGUGAAGUUGUUCGAGCUUUAAAGCCUCUGCCAAGCCUCAAGGACAUGGCAAUCUCAUCUUAUCACUUCCAGAUUGCGCGCGUAGAUCGAACCAUGUCCAUGCCGAAUCAUAAAAACGGUAUUAGAACACAGUUAGUAUCUGUGCCAAGGAAGGGUCAACCUGUAAGGACAUUGUCUAGUCCAAAUGUUCCACAUGGUUCUCCAUACCUUCAUCAUACCAAGUCUCCAAAACCUAUUGGGUAAGAAUAACUGUUCACUGUCUUUAAUUUGAUUGUCUAUUCGUUCAGUUCCCACAAAUUAGGCCACCAGCUCUACAUACAGCAACUGUUGUGUGUCUGGGAGAGUUUAUCUGAAACCUGAUGGAAUUAUUAAAGUCUUAGUUUCACUAUAUAAUCUCAAAUAAGGUAAGUGCAUGAGACAGUUUAAUGUUACAUAGUAAUAGUAGGGACAUGUCAUAUACAGUUUUCAAGUAUGAAACUGUUAUUCACUGAAAUUGUUUAACUCUUCCACCUUGUCUUGGGUUUCGUUCCUUCUAGAAUGUAUUUUUUGUAAAGAGGAAAAAAAAUGUGGUGUUAACUCAUGUUAGACAUAGAUUUUUACACACUCAUUGGACAAUAUACAUUUCAGUAAAUGCUGAUUGAUGCAAUCGAAUGUUGUACUUGUACUAGAGAAAUGUUUGAGUGACCUAAAAAGUGAUGAUGAGCAUGCAGGGUUCGUUUCUC